AAAAGUAUCAGAAAACAAAAAGAAUCCAGAAGUUUCUUUCCGCAACACCCAAAUCAACACUCAUAAAUACAUACAAAUAUACGUUUCUUAACGCCCACGUCGUGAAUCACCACCCCUAUAUACAUCUUUCAAUUCACUCUCGUGAAAUCACUACUGCAAAACAGAAAGAGAAGAAAAUUUGAAGAAAACUGAAACUAAAUCAUGGAAUCAAACCCCGGAAGAGGAAUUUCAAGAGGAAUGCUUCCAUUACUAGCUCUCCACACCUUCGCCGAAUAUUACCGAUCCGACUCAAAACCUCCCGUCACCGCCGCCCUCAUCGCCGCCAACACUCUCAUCUAUCUCCGACCAAAUUUCCUCCGUCACCUCAUUCCUCCCAUCGAUCAAAUCUGGUUCAACCCUCACCUCAUCCUCAAGAACAAGGAUUUACAACGAUUCUUCUUAUCGCCGUUCUACCAUAUCAACGAUUCUCACCUCGUUUACAACAUGAUAUCUCUUCUCUGGAAAGGUAUUCAAUUGGAAAAUUCCAUGGGAAGUGUUGAGUUUGCUUCUACGGUUGCUUCUCUUCUCGCUUUAUCUCAGAGUAUAACCCUAAUUUUGUCCAAAUCGUUGUUUGUUUUCUUCGAUUAUGAAAGAUCUUACUUCAACGAAUAUUCUGUUGGUUUCUCCGGCGUUUUAUUUGCUAUGAAAGUAGUUCUCAAUUCGCUAUCGGAUGAUUACAGUAAUGUUUACGGUGUUUUGGUUCCGUCGCGUUACGCGGCUUGGGCUGAGUUGUUUCUGAUUCAAAUGUUUGUGCCAGGUGUGUCGUUUCUUGGUCAUCUUAGUGGUAUACUUGCAGGACUGGUUUAUGUGAGGUUGAGACGGAAUUAUUCUGGUUCGAAUCCGUUGAGUGUUGUUUUUAGGGGGUUUAGUUCUUUGUUGAAAUGGCCUGUGAGGUUUUUUGGGAAUUUGUUUGGGUUUAGGAGGGGACGGAUUUCUGGUAGGGGGACUGUUGGACGGUCGGGGAGGAAUGCGAAUGCGAGGUCUGCUCGGCCGGCUGUUGAUUGGAGAUGCCAUGCUUGUACUUAUGACAAUUCUGGUUUGUUGAGUGUUUGUGAGAUGUGUGGGACUAGCAGGGUUUCUUCUUCUUCGCAACGGGAUGGUCGGGAUUAUUAUGAUUCUGAUGGUCUUUCAAUGGAUGAACUGCGCCGCAGGAGAAUAGAAAGAUUUGGUAGGUGAUGGUGAAGGUAGAGUUGUAACAAUAAUACAACUGGAUGUAGAAAUUAGAUAGAUUUUACUUGGCUGGAUAUAUGUUUGUUAUGCAAUGUAACUAUGAGCUGAUUUUGCAAAGAGUUAUUAUGUUAAUCUAGUGAAUUACAUCUUUUAGUACA